CACGUGGUGUCAGGAGAUGACGUGGUGUAUUGCAAACGAUUUAGACUUCGAAGGUGCCAAACAAUUUUUGCCCGAAAGAUUUCCAUUUUUAGACCACACACCAUUAUUUGACUAUGAAAAAGUGCUGCCAGAAAAACCCGACCUCAAGCUACCGUUGUAUGUUUCCGAUUCGAUCAAGUUCAUAAAUGAAUUAAAAUCUCCGAGAUUUAUCAAGACUCAUUUACCUUACAAGCUUCUACCAAAAAAACUUAGAGAUCAAAGUACCAAAGCAAAAAUCGUUUACGUGGCCAGAAAUCCAAAAGAUACUUGUCUUUCAUAUUUUCACCACUGUUGUUUGUUAGAAGGAUAUACAGGAAAUUUUGAAGAUUUUUGUAAAUUGUUUACCUCAGAUUCCCUCUGUUUUAGCCCAUUUUUUGAUCACAUUCUUGGCUACUGGGAUCGAAGAGACGAUUCCCGAUUACUCUUUUUGAAAUAUGAAGAAAUGAAACAGGAUCUACGUGCGGUAAUUCGUCGAACWGCUAAAUUUUUAGGCAAAGAUUUGCUUGACGAUCAGGUUUUGGUUUUGGAAGACCAUUUAAGUUUCGAAAGCAUGAAGAACAACAGAGCUGUGAAUUACGAGCCUGUUAUUGAGAUUAAUAAGACUCACAAUUUAAUUGAUGCUGAUGGAAGUUUCAUGAGAAGUGGUACAGUGGGAGGAGGAAAACAAAAAAUGUCACCAGAGUUUGUAAACAUUUUUGAUGAAUGGGAAGAGAAAUGUCUAGGGAAAAGUGGAUUAAAGUUUUGAAGAAAUUAACUAAGUAGUAAAGUGGUGUUAGGUGUUUAGUGCGAAUAUACAUAAUCACCGAUUUUCGCAUGAUGUGAUGAAUCAAUUGGCUACUCGUAUUUAAACGCAACAAUUUGGCUAUUGGAACCAAAUAACAGUUAAAAAUAUAAACCAUUUUGGUCUAUGGUUGUAUCUCUAUAAAAUUUACCUUUUGUUACAGUCACUACUGGAAGUUAGUGUAUACUACUUAAAAUAUAAACUACUAAAAAUUAUUUUCUUUAUUAUAAACUGUUUAAAUUAAGCGCCUUGUAUCACAUAUAACAUGAUUUAAUUUUGUUAAACUCGUAAGUAUAUAAUAAAUAAUAAUAAUGAAUUAACCAAAAAAAUAUAUUUUAUGGAAUCAACCAGUUAAUAUCACAAAAUUACCCAGACCACCGUCAUCACUAAUCACAUUACUUGGAACUCUCUACAAUAAUGAUAUAUUAUUAUCGUAUAGUUUUUUUUUUAUACAUUUCUUAUGAGUAUGAAUUUUGUUAAUAUCUAAGCAUUUCAACUAUUUGAUAUUAAAAUAAKAAUCAAAUAUUAAUAUGAUAGUAUGUAGUUGUUUUUUAGAUAAAUACCUAUAUU